AUGGCUGAGGACUACGAUGCCCCGCCAGAGAAGCUGGAGCAGGCAGAGAGGCAUCUGGGAGUGAUGGCUGGAGAGGCCGUCGUUGAGCUCGACAGCACGAAGAAGCAGCCCGGUUUUGCCAACGUCAGGCUUAUGUUGUGUAUGUUUAUUGAAUUGUGCCAGCUGCGCAAGGAGAAGGUGCAGCAUCUCAUAGGCACCCGGCAGCUGUCCGAUACCAUCAAGAUGACAGAGAGCAUCAAGUGUGGCCUGGCGGAUUCCUUGACUGACUUUGGUGCAGACGCUAAGGAGGAGGUAAAAAAGGUAGUCGCUGUAACGAAACAAUUGGAACAGGUGUUGUCCGUUGUGAGCAAGAUAUCCGUGUCCGAUGGUCCGACACGGGACUUGAAAAUUGCUCUCCGGGAGUCGAUUGAGUGUAAAUUGCAGCUCCACCUUACCCGAGUGGAGAUGCUGAAGGCUGCUGAUAGCAAGGCAUUCCAGGACGAGCCCUUCGACGCUAUGCGGCCAGCAUUGCGGAUUGUCCUUGACCGCUGGAACCACUUGAAGCAGUUCAGUUUGUAUCAGAUGUAUUCUGACAGUGAAGCUAAGGACUUAAAAUGGGAUAGCGACGAUCAGUAUCUCACGCACUUGGUUCAGGAGUCGAACAAGCAGAUCGACCAGAUGCUGGAGAUAGAUAACAACAAGCUCAUCUCCCACGACACAAGCGUGCCGUCCUUGUGCUACAACCUGCUGCGGGAGAAUGCGGAGAUCCGCAAGAUGGCGAACGCAUAUCAAUUGCAUGUUCUAUUGCUGUACAAGGGGCGAAAUCCAAGCGGCGCCAUCGUGGGCAUAGAUCGCCAUCACAGUGCCUAUAUCCCAUGA